AUGUGGGAUAGCUCUACUUUUGAGGUUAAUUCCAUAGAAUAUGGGGGGCAAUGGAUCAGCCUAUGCGGCAAACAUGUUAAUUCUUCCUUUAACUGCAUGAUAAUUGGAGUAUAUGCUGCAUCUUCUGUGCAAGAUCGUGUUAAGCUGUGGGAAGACAUCACCACUCUGAAGUUUGCCUUUAAUUUACCAAUGGUGGUGAUAGGUGAUUUCAAUGAAAUUCUCCAUGCUCAUGAGAGAAGCAGCGGAUACAUUAAUCAUUCAGGGUCAGCUGCUUUCCGUAAUUUCCUAUCCGAUUGUGCUCUGAUUGAAUUCAAAUUACAGGGAAGCCGUUUCACUUGGUUUAGAGGGGGUUCCAUGAGCUGUAUCGACCGGGCCUUUGCAUCUCUAGAGUUCCACCUUCAGUUUCCAUUCUUAUCACUCUGCCGCUACCCAAGGGGGAUGUCUGAUCACUGUCAAUUGCUUCUUCAGACACCAAAGGUAGAUUGGGGAUGGAAGCCUUUCCGUUUCAUAAAGUGCUGGUUGUCACACCCUUCAUUCUUAGCUGAUUUUGAGACUCUAUGGUUUGAUAGCUGCAAGGAAUUUCCAGGGGACUAUAGAUUGGUCAAGAAACUAGGAACUUUGGGGAAAAAACUGAGACAAUGGAAUAAAACCACCUUCGGAAGGUUGAGGAUAUUUGGAGACAGAAAUCCCGCUAAAAUUGGUGCAAAAUGGGGGAUAAAAACACCCGUUUCUUCCACCUUUCAGCAACCACAAUGCAGAAGAAUCGAAAUGGGAGGCUUGGGGUUCUCUAAAAUCUCAGAAGAAAGAUCAGUUUGGUUAGAAAGAUUGCCUUCAUUGGAGGAAGUGAAGCAAGCUGUAUGGGAUUGUGACGGUUCAAAAGCCCCCGGUCAUGACAGGUUCACCUUCUCUUUCUAUAAAAAGGUAUGGAAUCUUAUCAGCUCCGACAUCUUUGUGAUGGUCAAAGAAUUUUUCAGAACAGUGGUAAAACUAUUGUCCACUAGGCUCCGAAGCGUUCUGCCAGAUGUGAUAAGUGUAAACCAGUUUGCUUUCAUUGCUGGGCGUCAAAUUCUAGAUGGGUUCAUGAUAGCAAACGAGGUUGUCCAUGCUAUUCGUAGCAAGAAGGACCACGAGUUUUUGCUAAAGGUAGAUUUUCAUAAAGCCUUCGACUCGAUUUUGUGGGAGCAUAUUGAUUCUACCAUGGGUUAUAUGGGCUUCGGCUCUCAUUGGAGGAAUCUGAUUUUUGAAUGUUUGUCCACAUCUAAAUUGGCCAUCCUAAUUAACGGCUCACCUAGCAGAGAAUUCAGUAUGGAGAGGGGUCUCAGGCAAGGGGACCCCCUCUCUUCUUUCCUUUUUGAUAUAGCAGUUCAAGGGCCAAUAGUUUUAUUCAACAGGGCAUCGGAUUCGGAUGACACUCUGAUCUUCCUGCCAAAUGAUUAUUCCUCUCUUCUACAUGCCAAGAGGAUUCUAUGCUGGUUCGAGAUCAUUUCAAGACUGAAAGUUAAUUUCUACAAAAGUUCACUUAUAGGAAUUAAUUUGGACAACGAAUACACUUCAGGUCUGCCUAAUGUAAUUUUCUGUCGCAGUAACACCUUCCCAGUCAGAUACCUUGGGUUGCCUCUUGGUGCUAACCCAAAUAGGCUCUCCACUUGGAAAUCGGUAUUGUCAAUAAUCAGAGCAAAGUUAAGCAAUUGGAAAUGGAAGAUUCUGAGCAUGGCUGGGAGGAUAUGUCUUAUUAAAUCUGUCUUAAACUCUCUACCUCUAUACUACAUGUCUGUUUUUACUAUGCCAAAAGGCAUUACAAAAGCUAUAUCCUCCAUCAAUCGUUGUUUUCUCUGGAAAAGCACCUCAAAUUCACAUGGUAUUUGUAAGGUUGCAUGGCACAAGGUAAUAAAGAGUAAGCCCCUCAGAGGUCUCGGGUUGGGUUCUAUUCACAACAAAAAUCUGGCUCUGAUGUUUAAAUGGCUCUGGAACCUUGAUAAAGGAGUGGUAGGAGGUUCUUUAUCUCCAACUUGGCGUGGCAUGGUAUCUGCAAUUUCCUUAAAUCACAGCAUAGCUGCUCCCCUCCAAUCAAAUGUCGGGUUCAAGAUGGGUGAUGAGAGAAACAUCAGACCCCUUCGAUCCCGCGAGUUCUGCAUGCGGGAAAGCUUGUUAGCAGAAGUUGAACGUGGUCUAGUCUUCUCUGAUGGUGAAGACAACAAGAUUUGGAAAUCCGACAGCUCCAACAUUUACUCAGUCUCUUCAGGGUGCCAUCUUCUUGAUGGUUUUAAUGUUUCAACAAACCUUUACUCCCUUGAUCUACUUUGGAAAGGGUUUACGCCUCUAAAAAUAGAUGUGUUCAUAUGGCUUCUUCUAAACGGCAGUAUUUGCACAAAAGGAUUCUUAGCUAAGAGGAGAAUCAUCAAUUAUGAGGAAGCUCUUUGUCCUUUCUGCUGCAAGGAGAUUGAGACUAUACAUCAUCUCUUCCAUCUUUGUCCUAUAUCAUAG